UGUCCAUUCUGUCUUGAUGUCUUGCAUUAUUUUGGAUCUUUAAAUAUGUUGAGCAAGCACUUGGAAGAUAAACAUGUAGAUGUUACUAUAAACGCUCACAGUAUUGAUGGUGAAACAAAUGAAGAUUCCAAAAGUGGAAAUUUAAGACACUUUAUUAUUGAUCAUCCAGAUGUCACCAUAAACUCUGUUGAUGUUAAUAAAAUUAGAAUUACAGACAAAUCAUUGGAUGAUGAGCCACAAACUCAAACAAAAG